AUGAACCACAACAUGAUCGUCCUCCUCCUGAUCAAUCAUGUGAUCAUCUAUCUGGCCUCAGGUAAUGAUAGGAAACCUUUUUAGUGCUCAGAUUCUCACAUGUUUAAGGUGCUGCUGUAACUAAACCUCAUCACAUUAGUAAAUAACGAGCUCGUUCUUCAUCGUCUUUCUCUCCACAGGUUCCUCUCUCAGUGAGAAGAUCACCCAGACUCCAGACAACAUUCACCGAAAACAAGGAGAAACUGCAAAAUUCAACUGCAGCCAUGAAAUUGACAACUAUAACAACAUCCUUUGGUAUAAACAGUCAGAUGGACAGCUGAAGUUUCUUAGGUAUAUGUAUCGGAAAAGUCCAGAUGAAGAAAAAGACCCGAACGUGAAGAUAGAAGGGAGUGCAGCUAAAGGAAAGACCUGCACAUUAACAAUCUUAAAAGUCGACCUGAACAGCAGUGCAGUGUACUUCUGUGCUGCUAGUUUACACAGUCUUACAUAUCGCUGCUCCUCAAUACAAAAACCUUCAUCUGCACACAUUAAUUCAUCUCUAUGA